CGAGUGCAGCGGGGAGUCGACUUGGAGAUAUAAUGCCCUGCCUUGCUCCUGAUGUCCAACUGUAGACCCCAACAUGGUAGUCAUGGAUAGCUCCGUGAUCAAGGCUCUCGGGGCUGUUGUCUCCCUCUACAUUAUCACCAAAAUAUACACAACCCUCAUCAGUUCUCCGCUCCGUCCUAUUCCAGGCCCUAAACUCUUUGCCCUGACAAAAUGGCGUCUCGCGUGCGAAGACUACCGCGGUACCAGGACCACCUUCAUGCAGGUUCUCCAUGAGAAGUACGGCGAUGCUGUCCGGGUUGGCCCAAAUGAAGUCGCAUUCAACAGUCUUUCCGCAUUGCGCGCUAUCUACGGUGCGGGCACUGUCUUCCAGCGAAGCUCCUUCUAUCGCAUGUUCGAUGCAUACGGGAGGCAGAACAUGUUUAGCGUUUCCUCUGGAAGAGAUCACCGAGACCGCAAGAAGCUGCUCAACCACGCAUACUCCAAAUCCACCGUCCUCUCACCCCGUAACGCCUCAAUGGUUCAGGAAAAAGCAGCGCAGUUCAUGGACCUGAUCGAAAAAGAAGCAGACGACACCGGUAGACUCGAAAUAUUCGCAGCCCUGCACUACUUCUCCCUCGACUCAAUCACCAAGUUCCUCUAUGGGAAGAGUCCGCACGGCGCAACCACAGCCUUAACCGCGGCCCCAGACCGGGCCCUGCUCGACGACAUCCUCGAUCACGACCGCCGCAAGCUCUCCUGGUUCACCAUCCACUUCCCCUCGCUAACAGGCUGGCUGUACUCCCGCACCGGUCUGGUCGAGUCCCUACUCACAUCCCUCCAUCUCCUCCCAAUGAACAAGCCAUCAACAUACACCGGGAUCCGAGUCCACGCACUCAAAGCCGCAGAAGUCAUCAACAAAUCCACCACCAGCGGCCUCGACGCAAGCGAAUGCAUCGCCGAGCGCUUACUCCUCGCAGCAAAUAAGGAAAAUUCCAAAAGCGACCCCGCCAGCGCAAUGGAUUACCUCGACGUAGCCAGCGAAUGCGCAGACCACCUCCUCGCCGGAAUCGACACUACCAGCGAUACAAUCAUGUGGGUGAUGUUCAUCCUCUCGCAGCCGGAAAACUACGUCUACCAGGAGAAACUGCGCGCGGAAGUCCAAUCCCUAGCCCUGAAUCCUGAAGAUCUAGCCGACAAUGAAAACGUCAUCAGCGCUGUAGCUGCUGAUAAACUCCCCUACCUAGAUGCAGUAAUCAAAGAGACUCUGCGUCUGUUUGCCCCACUCCCAGGAACAGAACCCCGAUUCGCAGAUACAGACCAGGUCAUCGACGGGUAUCAUAUUCCCGCAGGUACACUGGUCAGCAUGAGCCCAUACACCCUCCACCGCAACGGGAAAGUCUUCAAAGACCCGAUGCGCUUUAACCCGGAACGAUGGCUCUCAGGGUCUGCAGAGGAACAGGCCGAAAUGAAGCGCUGGUUCUGGGCGUUUUCGAGUGGAGGCAGGAUGUGUAUCGGGAUGCAUCUUGCCAUGGCGGAGAUGACGACCCUGCUUGCGAGUGUGUAUAGAAUUUACAAGACUGAGAUUGCGCCUGAGUUCAAGGGGGUUUCGCCGGGGGUUACGGCGCGGUAUGAGAUUUUCUACGAUGACCAGUUUCCGCGGAUGGAGGAGCAUCUUUGCUUGGUGCGGUUUAUUAAGGCAUAGCAUAGUAUUCUUAAGUCAUUAGUUGGUUUGAUUUUGAUGUUUGCGAAUUGCAAAUGCUGUACUGGUUGCAUUGGUAGUUAUUAACUGGUGUUUAACUCCGUUAUUGUCUACAUUCAAUAUUGUCUUAUACAACCUUCACGAAAUACAAAAUCAAUAGCCAUG